AUGGCUUCAACAACGUUAAUGACAUUUCUCCUAUAUACUAAUCCCCAGGUCAAGUCUGUCAAACUGCUAGGCUCAUGGGACAACUUCACCAAGUCGUAUCCUAUGGAGCAUGACAGGCGUGUUGGUCAGGGCCAUUGGAGGGGAUGCCAUAGUUUCACCAGCAUAAUAUGCGAUGGAACGCCGAAGAAUAUGGGUUCAUCUCGCUCUGGUGGGCUCAAAAUGGGCGGCACAUAUUGGUAUUAUUACUUACUGGACGAUGAUGUGGAAUACUACAAUCAUGCAGAGCCAUUCACAUCGCAUUGUCCUCUUCUUCCAGGCCAGCCUGUCAAUGUUCUCCAUGUUCCUGUCAUUUUGCCGGAUACACGUCCGAUUUAUUUCUGUGAUAGAAGCUCAAGCCCGCAACAAACAGAAGAGCGGACUAUGAACCCUGAUGAUAAAUAUAUGAACCCCAGAAACCCCCCCAAACCAGCACUUCCACGUCUCCGUACAUCUCCUCCACUGCUUCAACAACCGACUCCGGCUUGGUCUUUCAGCACCUCCCCUUUGGGUUUAUUAACCAACAGGGGCGCUUCUCAACCUAAUAGUGCGACGCCCAAGGUUACAAUUCAGUAUAGCCAAAGAGCACCAGACACCAAAACUGCUCGAUCAGUCUCUCCUCCAAGAUCAAGGGGCCUUCGAGCUGCCUUCCGACAAUGGAAUGCUUCCUCUCCUGAUCUCAGCGUGGCAGAUAAUCAGAAUAGUGAUUCUACAAAGCCUAGACUGGCCUUCAAGCCUGUCAUGGGGCGUACUGAAAGCCUCAUACCCCCUGAAAACACGUCGAAGGAGAGCCUACUCCCCCGGCGGCCUGCAUCUCCCGUACAUCCUGUGAAUACGGUGCUGUCUAUCCAGGAUCGGCGUGCCCUAAAUCCAAAAAACACGGACCGUGCGACUCCCAGAACUCCGUUAACACUUCAAACAAACCAUGAGACGAAUACCACUAGGAAUGGUGACCUAGAGAGGGCCCAUCCACAUGCCCCUCAAGAUUCUGUCGCUUCUGUGGACUCCACCUCCUUGCUCGCAACUGCCUUGCCAGUGGCAGUUGAAGAUGCUGUAACCCCUACGCCAUUCACAUCCUCAGAAAAGAGGCUCCCCACUCUACCGAAUUCUCCUUCGUCAGUCAUGGAUGAGGCGCUGCGUGAUCUCGAAGCUCGAGAAAAGGAGCUCGAUGCGGAAAAUCUUGGCAGUCAUUUCUCUGACUUCAGCGCGACGGAGUCCACGAGUAGCUCUCCGUGCGAGAGGAGCCACUUUUCCGAAUGGAGUACAGAUACAGAGGUGGUCUCCGCUGAGUUCAUGACACCUUCGCUUCCUUUCAACAAUGGUACCCAAACUUUCUCUGCUCUUGAAGAGAUGAGUUUUGCCGAACUGUGGAAGACCUCUGUUCCUGCUGAAACAAGUGAUCCAAACACUCCACAACUUACUGUUAAUUCAAGAUCUUCCCCCACUACACUCAGUGGUGACUCACCCCUCGUCGAUCUGCCACUUCCUCGUCUUACAGUCUCUUUGUCCCCCUCCGAUAUAGAUUUUUCUGGUCUUGGUAUCGGUGAUUCUGAUGAGGUCGAAAGAGAUCCCAAGCGCCAUGCAGCAUUCUUUGGGGGAAUAGAAGGACUUGGGCUUCUCCGAAGCCCCGAACCUUCUACUGUGCAUUUUGCGGGAAACAUCCGAGAUGAUGCGGAAACGACACAUAACGUCAGUAAUGACCGCUUCAGCAUCAGCUCGCUGCCAGGACAGUCUGCAGCAAUGCAAGAAAUGAUGGAUGAGUUGAGUUAUCUCAAAUCGAUGAUUCAAUCUUAG